CCUCCUACACGGUAAAAAUACGAAUUUUUCUCCUUGAUAUAUCAAAAACAAAUCCCGUUGAAAUUCCCUGACUUUUUAGAGACAAGGUGCUUGACUCCGAUAAUUAACAAGAACUUUGGAGAAGGUGAAAGUAAAGUAAGGACUUGAAAAUAUAUGUCAAGGAUUUCUUCUCUAACCAAUAAGGCGACUAUACGUCGCGUCGCAUAUGAGUUGCACAAAUUGAUUACACAGAUUAUUGAAAGUUGAACUUUUACUAACGUAAAAAAAAAAAAAAAAAAAAAAAUAACCAAGAAUGGAGAACGUAACCAUUAUCGGCCUCCGAGUGGAGAAAUUCAAGAAGGAUUUUUUCAAGUAUUACCAAGAGCAUUUCCCAACUUUGUUUGACAUUACUUUCGAUCCAAUAGGCACUCACAAGAGGUCACGUGCCAUAAUCGGCUUCUUUCUUGGCUUUUUUAUGGGUGUUCUUUUAUACGAACUCAUUAUCGUUGAUUUACAAUUCGACGCAUAUACCACCGUGUCACUCGGUGGUAUUCUAAUUUUGAUGCUAUCGAUUGGAUGUGCCGUUUCGAUUCAGGUGAGGUGUAUUUGCAUUUUAACGAUUCCAACGUUUUUUGGCCGAGCUGGACGAAGUGUGUUACGAGCAUUGAUUUUUGGAUACGUGAUCGCUGGACCAUUGUUUAAUUUGUUGUUUAACACUAAGGAAGUAAUAAGAACAUUUGGAUGCACAUCACAACUGACAUACAAUCUUACCAAGACAAGAUUCGAUUUAAUGUUCAAACCAUUUCAACAGGCAAUCCACGCUAUGAAAGCGGAUGCGAACGAGAUAAAAGACACCCUCUCUUCGAUCAGGGAUUUGAUGAGUCCAGUUGUCGAAGAAAUAGAAGGAGAAGAAGAAAUGAUACGGUUAAAAGAGGAGAACGAUUAUCUAGACGAAUUGCAAGGUGACACGAAAAGAAGCAAAGAAAUGGAGGAAAAGCACGAGAAGAAAGUUGAAAGUGCCAAAUCAGAAGGUGAAGUGUACGAAGCUAAGUAUAAGAAGAAAAUUGAAGCUCGAUGCGAAGAGCAACUUAGCCGAGGUGCGCAAAGAUGUAGGGACAUGUUUGGCACCGCUUAUGACAAAUGUUACGAAAAAGUGUCUUUGUUCGUUGCUUGGCUCAUAUGUUGGCCAAUGAAGCUGACUUUCGUCUGUAAUCUGGUCCAAGCAUUGGGUGGUUCUAGCAUCUGUGAUCCUGAGGGAAAAGUCGAUAGUGGCAUCGGCGAGGGAUACGUCGCUUUAAAAAGUGCCCGAGACGAAUUCAGCAGGAGUCUGAAGGAUGCGAAACUCCAAUACAAAGUGAAACUGCCACCAGUGAUUUUGGAUCUUCAAGAUACCGAGGACGCUGCCAAAGCUGUGGUGCACGAAUUCUCUGUACGAAGGAAACUUUUCAAGUCCGUGAUGACCCUAAUAAAGAGAUGCCUAUCAUUUAUAUUCCUGAAGAUCAUUCUGGACGCUCUCAGUUACAAUGACAAAUAUUUAUCAGAUAUCGAAUUCGACAACGUCUACGUGACGUCUUAUUUCCGGAGAAUAGACGCGAGAAGGAAAGUUCGUGGCAGUUUGACGUUGUUGCCGUUCAAGAAACUCGAAAAGAGAAAGUUCAUCGACCCCUAUCAUCCCAUACCAACCAAAGUCGAAGGACUUCACUUGGUAGGUCAGCUGGUUAAACUUCUUCUUGAAUUCAUCAUCGUGACCGUUUUUGUAAUCUUGGAUUGGCUAUUCUACGAAGUGUUGGAUAUAAUCAGAAGGCAUGCCUACAUGGAAUAUACUCAAAGAGGGCACCACGAUCUGAACCUAGAAAUCCGAGGUACCGGGGUGAUCGCUUCGUUGAUCAGAAGCGCUGUUCGGGGUUUCAACGUGAAGAAACGUGUAAAAACGGUGGUCACGAACAAGGCUUGCCUGCCACGGCCCACCAAACUUCCAGGUUACAUAAUAUUCAAGAUCUACGGCACCUUCUUCUUGGUCUUCCUGCUGAUAUUCGGGUCCAUCUACACGCAGAGGAUGCGCCGUGGCAUUUGCUCCUUCUUUUAUCGAAGAAGGGAGAAGAGGCGGGUGUUGCACCUGUACAACGAGACCCUACGGCGCAGGCUUAUGCACGCCAAGUUCAUGAAGGCCAAGGUGAGGAACAUGGCCAGGACGCGGCGUUUGGAGUACGAGAUCGAUUUCUGGUUGGCGCUUAGGCUCAAGUGGCCGAAACGUUUUGGAUGGUUGAGAUACUUCGAAUGCGCCAGGGAGAGGUGUUUAAUUUGCGAGGAUCCGGAGCCCAGGAAAGGGCCAAGGUAUCGGCCGUGCCCCAAUCCAACUUGCCCGUUCUUGUAUUGCGAGGAAUGUUGGAGGGAUGUGGGGAGGAUUUGCUACGCUUGUGCAGAGUUCUCCGACACCGAGACGGAAGAAUACGACACUCAACGCAGUGAUUUCUAGAUU